CUCACGCGCCCCCCGCCAUUUUGUGGCCGCCCCCGGCAGCGCCCGCCCCUCCCGCCAUGUUGUGACCGCCCACACGGGCGCCGCCCCCGCCGCCCCUCAGCGCCCUCAGGGCCGUGGCGGGUCAUGGCGCACCGGGAGCCGGGGCAGGUGGAGCCCGCCUGCAACUUCAUAGCGCGGGACAACUACUGGAAAAAAUGCGUCGAAAAGGAAGGAGAUGCUGCAAAAAGAUGGUCUGAGAAAUGGGGGUUCUUGAAAACAUCUCUCGAGGAGUUGAUAGGAGAUGAAAAAAAGGAAGCGAAGCCCAAGAUAGAGCUUCCAGAACACAUGCGGAUUCGCCCUGUGACACCUGUGGAAAAAUACAUUAAGGUGCUUCCAUCCCCUCCAGUGCCUAAAACCACGCAGAGAUUCAUUGGCUGGAGAUCGGCUGUCCCAGGGCUGGAGCUCGAGAUCGAUUAUCAGAUCCGGAGCUGCAAAGGAGCCCUCGGCAGGAGCCUGAACUGACCACGUGAGCCCCUCACUGACAUGAUGCAAUAAAGAUUUGGCACUCAGAUCCAUUUGCAGUCCUAGGAAAACUCCUACAGUGGACCCUUGGACUGUUGAAUAUUUAAGCUUUACAAGGGAUUUAUGGAAACAUCCACAAUCAUUUUGGUAAAUGUAUUCUCAUGUAGCA